UCGAACAACUCUCAUUCUAUCACCAGCAUGAAGGCUGUCUUCGUCUUGCUUGCCCUAGUAAUCAGCGCCUGCUUUGCGCAGAAGUGUACGACGACUAUCGACUGCGGCCCAGGCAACAAAUGUGUUGAUGGGAACUGUAAAGUUCGACCCGAGUGUCCGAUGUACACACCACCUCAACUGAAGCCGGGCUGCCACCUAGAGACCGUUUUGGACGAAAAGGGAUGCCCUAAGUACAAACAAGUUUGCUAGAAUGUGAAGCAGUUAAUAAAUCUUU